AUGGAACCUGCCUUUGGGGAAGUGAACCAGCUCGGAGGGGUGUUUGUGAAUGGGAGACCCUUACCUAACGCCAUCCGGCUCCGGAUUGUGGAAUUGGCCCAACUGGGCAUCAGACCCUGUGACAUCAGCCGACAACUGCGGGUUUCCCAUGGCUGUGUGAGCAAAAUCCUGGCGCGCUACAAUGAGACUGGCUCCAUCCUACCAGGGGCGAUCGGAGGCAGCAAGCCUCGGGUCACCACCCCCACUGUGGUGAAACAUAUCCGGACCUACAAACAAAGAGAUCCGGGCAUCUUUGCCUGGGAGAUCCGAGACCGACUGCUGGCAGAUGGCGUGUGUGACAAGUACAAUGUGCCUUCCGUCAGCUCCAUCAGCCGGAUCCUCCGGAACAAAAUUGGAAAUCUCUCCCAGCAGGGUCACUACGAAUCUUACAAACAGCAUCAACCCGCUCCACAGCCUGCGCUGCCUUACAACCACAUAUACUCCUACCCCAGCCCCAUCACUGCUACAGGAGCCAAAGUGCCGACCCCGCCGGGAGUGCCCGCAAUCCCCAGCACCAUGGCUAUGCCUAGGACCUGGCCCUCUUCCCAUUCAGUCACGGAUAUCCUGGGGAUCAGGUCCAUAACAGACCAAGGAGUGAGUGACAGCUCGCCCUACCACAGCCCCAAAGUGGAAGAAUGGAGCAGCCUGAGCAGAAAUAGCUUCCCCCCUUCAGCCCAGCAUGGUGUGAACGGACUCGAGAAGAGCUCCCUGGAGCAGGAGGCCAAGUACAGCCAGGCACCAAAUGGUCUUCCAACCGUCAGCGGUUUUGUCUCAGCAUCAACUAUGGCGCCUUACCCUACACCAGCCCAGGUGUCGCCUUAUAUGACAUACAGUGCUACCCCUUCUGGUUAUGUGACAGGCCAUGGUUGGCAGCAUGCUGGAGGCACUCCGCUCUCCCCUCACAACUGUGAUAUUCCUGCGUCGCUGGCAUUCAAGGGCAUGCAGACAGCCCGAGAAGGCAGUCACUCUGUCACAGCCUCUGCUCUCUGAUAUGCAAUUCAUUCCAGAACAGCUCAACUGUUUUCCUCCCCUCCCUGGCUCAGAG